AUUUGUAUACAGUAUAUAAAAUUAUACAGCAUUCCUCUAUAGAUUCCUGUCGAUUUCCAUACGAAUCCGUCAAGAUGUCGUGUAUUAUGAGGUGCAACAACGCCGACCAGGAGGUCAUCAUCGACGAGCAGACUGGUCUCCCUAUCAAGAGCCACGACUACAAUAAAUUGUCAGGUGAAAAUCGUCGAAAUCAUAGUGAGAAGCCAUCUGUCAUCUACAAGCCUUCUACCACUGUCCCACAGAACACUCUUCUUGAGAUUCCUCCUCCUAAGGAGUUGGAGAACCCGAUUACUUUCAACCCAACUGUGGACACUUUCUUUGAUGCUGACAACAACAAAUUGGUUUUGUUGAUGGAACUUCCUGGUUUCAGCAGCACUGACAUCAAUGUUGAGUGUGGUUGGGGUGAAUUGAUCAUCAGCGGCCCUCGUAACAAGGAUGAGCUUUACGAGAAAUUCGGUAACAACUUGGACAUUCACAUUCGUGAGCGUAAGGUUGGUUACUUCUACAGGCGUUUCAAGCUUCCCAACAACGCCAUUGACAAGAGCAUUAGCGUUGGCUACUCUAAUGGUAUUUUGGACAUCAGGAUCGAGUGCUCUCAAUUCUCUGAGAUGCGCCGCGUUCAGAUUGACGCCAAGGCCUAAAUGACUGUACUUAUAUAAAAUAAAAUGGCAAUAAUAGCCGAAUGCUCAAUGUAGAUUACG